CUUUUGCUUAUGCAAUUAACGUUGUCUAUUUUGAUUUGUAGCACUAGCAAUCAACAGGACCAAACGAGCCCCAACGUAUGUUCUCAGCCUUCAGGAUCACGCUGAAGAUUGCAAGAUGCUAUUUAAGGUGCAGUACAAAGACCGCAAGAAAUACAUCAAAUUACAAGCUGCUGAUUAUGAAGAAUUCAUUUCUGAAGUGAGAGAGAAGUUCUCCAUCCUCGUGGACAAGAUUUGUGUGGAAGAUGAUUCGGGAACCGAGGUGGAUGAAUCUGUGUUUGCAGACUUGGCCCCACAUAAUGGGAUUUGCUUCAUCAUCCAGGACGGUGACAACAAUGAUUCAGGUGCAUCUGUGUCACCUCUAUCCACACCACCAUCCACAUUUGGUGGAAGUUUCCUGUCUGUGUCCAGCAGUAGCAGUGACUGUGAAGCAAGACCACUCAAGCGAAAGAGAAGUGAUGAAAAGGCAUCCCAAAGUUCUUCAUCCAGUGAUCUGAUCAAGCAGAUUCGACAGACAAAACCAGGAAGGACAACAGUGCUUGAGGAAUAUGAAGAGACUGGGACUCUCAGUGACAGUAGAAGAAGGCAGAUGAUUAACAUUCUUGCAGGACAUAUGGUUGAGAAAGAAGGGAGAAUCCCUGAGCGAACCACUAAAGAGAAAUACGCACUGGGAAUUGUUACCUUGUUCCCUGCAUUGAAAGAUCCCCUCUCCAGGAAGGGAUAUGAACAUUUCUAUGACAGCCAAAGUGGCACUGGAUUUCUGGCAUGGCGGCUCAAGACCGUUCAGAGGAACACAAAACUUCCAUUCAAGGAACCAAAAAUGCAGACAGCAGGAGUUAGCGGUCCAGGACAAAAGAGGGAGCUGCCUCAGAUUGGUGGUCAGUUGGAUGAGGAGCAUUGUAAAGAGAUCAUAUCCUUGAUGAGCCACAUCACUGACAGAGAAAUAAUCCUGCAGAAGAUGAAGGAAACCUUUGAGUAUAGACAGCACCUCAUCCACAAUCCUGAUGAGUCGGGUAACAUACUGUGUUUCCAAGGCUGCUGGACACUAAAGGGCUUGUAA